AAGUUACGGAGGGAGUGUUCAAUUUGGGCAAGUUUCGUAUUUUUUUUAUUAUUAUUAGAGUAUAUAAAAGUAAGCAGUCCCCAGUUUUUUUCCUUCCUUGCUCCAUUUCGGUUUAUUUCCGUAUUUUGCGUGCGUUGCAUCGCUUGUUGAAAUGAAUAUGGCUCCUUCAACAAAUUCAACUGGUGUUGAUGAUGAUCAAUGGAAAUGGGAUAUGGUUGUGCAAUCAGUAUAUGGUUCAUCGAUUGUGUCGAUUAUUGCUUCGAGUUUGGUGUUGGUUGCGUAUGGGUUUAUGUAUUGGUUACGACCCGCUCAGGCAAAUCGCAUAUCCCUCCGCCUAAGCGUCAUCAUCGCCUUUAGCGACAUAUUCUACGCCCUCUUCCUCCUCAUCUCCAACAUCCCAUCCGUAACAGAAGGCCCAACAUGCACAUCCUCCGUCUACCUCCAAUUCGCAUUCGAAUUACUCAGUCUAUUCGCAACAGCAGCGAUUGCCUUGAAUUUAUUAAUGGUGUUUGUGUUUCGGAUGGAGGCGAAAAAGAGGUUGGAGAGGUGGUAUUAUGGCGUAGGUGGGGUUUUGGCUUUUGGGUUACCGUUGAUUGCGCUUGUGGCGGGCCGGUUGGGGUGGGAUGAAGUGAAUGAAGAGUGUUGGAUUAGAUCUGCAAAUGAUAGCAAAGCUUCAACCAUGGCAUGGAAAUGGGGUAUCCUCUACUUUUGGGUAGCAGGCAUCAGCCUCUUUUGCACAGUCGUAACCAUCCUCGUCUACUUUUUCCUAAAACGCACGGGCGUCCCACUCCCAACAACCGAAUCCACUCCCUCAAACCCAAACAACACAGUCCUCUUUCGACGAACCCAACGUAUCAUCCAACGAGCUGUAUCCCGUAUUGUCGUGUAUUGUCUCGUACCCAUUGUUUCUCAGUUUUGGAAUAUUGUUUUGGAUGGGUUGUUGGAGGCUGGAAAAGAUCCUUGGUGGGUUUAUGUUUUAGCCAAUGUAUUUAGUGGGUUACAGGGCACAUUUAACGCCCUCGUCUUUUUCACAAUCGACCCAGCAGUCUCCAACAUCCGCGAAGAACUCCGCCGUCGCAUCAUCAAAAAAUACUACCUAACCUCAACCGUCCCCCAAACCCUCUUUGAACGCUUCCGAUACGCACUCAUCCAAAAAACCCUGCUCCGUAAACGAGAUUUGAAACAACCUUCAGUAAUAAACAAGAGUUCUGCAUCGGUUUUGCAGAGCGAGACGAAGACGAGGCCGUCGCAGUUUCGAUCGGAGGAUGUGGAUUUGGUUCAGCAUGCGAAACCGGGUUUGGUUGAGAGUGGGGUUGCGAGAGAGGGGGAGGCGGAUGUUAUUGCGUUUUUGUGAUACCAGAUUUUUUUUUACCUUUUUUUUGGGGGGGUUGGGUUUUUUUGUUUAAAUAAAAAGUUUUUGGAUUAUUUGUCCCGGUUUAACUUGCAUAUCUCCUCGUUAAUGACCAUGUGGGAUACUCUACGUGUUGCUCUAUCAAUACAUUUGCCACAAG